UUGAAUUGUGUUGUAAUGAGCAACAUCUUAGACUGCCCAAGUCAAUGUGCUGUAUUUGGGAAGCAGUUAAUUUCCACGGUCCAGCCCCGCCCCACUUGUUCAAGGAGUGUAUGAAGCAGAGGAGGAUAUGUAUAAACAGCAGGUCUGCUGCGUUGAAGGAAAUCACCUCCCAGAACAGCUGGCUUCAGUCCAGCUGCAAGACAUUCAUCUGUUUUCUCGCAGCCUGAGGAGGAGAGAGAGAGAGCAGGCAACGAGCAAGAGUACAGCAAAGCUCAGUCUGUCUGCUGCAAGUUUAAAACCUGAGACCACAAAAGGAGCCACACAGCUAAGCUUAGUGCAACCACUGAAAAUAGAAAAAAAAAAAAAAAGACAGAAAGGGGAUACAGAAAUAAGCAUAUAUACAAGAGACUGGGACACUAAAUAAAUGUUAAGAACAGACAUAGGAAGAGCCGUGAUGUAAAACAAAUCUCUUAACUUGUCAAGAUUUUUGAAAAUGGAAAAAGUUUAAGCAGAAAGUCUACUUACAACACAAGGGGAAAAACUGCUUGAUCCAUAGAAGACAUUGGGAUAUUCCAUCGAACGGAGAAGUGGAUUGCUUGGUUUGCCCACACUGGACUCACUGGACUGAUUUCAGCACAGAGAGGAACAAAUGAUGCGGCUCUGAACUUGAGUAUCGCUUACAGGAAAGAAGCCUGGCCUCAGACAAACAAGAGACAUUUCCUAGAUACGCUACACAGUGGCACUUGAAACAAAAACAAACCUAUUCUUUUUUCACACAACAGAUUGCAGAUUAUUAAAAAACAUUUCUGGUCUCUUUCUAUUUGGAAAUACAGCACAGUGACGACUAGGAGACUAACCCAGCAAACUGCAGCCCCCCGUGGACUGCGGGCCCUGUGACCAUGCUGGCUAAGCCCCAGGAUACACCGGGACCAGCGAAGACAGGAAAACACGUGAACAACAAAGACAUGUCAGAGCAUGGCGGCAGCAUCUCUCUGCAGGACAGCCAGAUGCAGUGGCCUUUCCCCUUAGCUGCCAAUUCUUCCUAUUCAGAGUCCUUCCAGCCACCAAGGCUGAGUGCACUGGUGGGGGUACCAGGUGCUGCCCAAGGAGGAGGAGGAGGAGAGGAACUGUGCUGGGCUGCCCUGCUCAUCAUCGUGUUCAUCAUCCCCACCCUUGGGGGCAACAUACUGGUGAUCCUGGCCGUCUCGCUGGAGAGGAAGCUGCAGAACGCCACCAAUUACUUCCUGAUGUCGCUGGCGGUGGCAGACUUGCUGGUUGGGCUCUUGGUCAUGCCCAUUGCUCUCACCACUGUGCUCUUCAACUCAGAGUGGCCUCUGCCCACCUCACUUUGCCCUAUCUGGAUAUUCCUGGACGUUCUUUUCUCCACAGCCUCGAUCAUGCAUCUCUGUGCAAUCUCCCUGGAUCGCUACAUCGCCAUCAAGAAGCCCAUUCAGCACAGCCAGUUCAAAUCAAGAGCCAAAGCCAUGGGCAAGAUAGCCGUGGUGUGGCUGAUUUCUAUAGGAAUUGCCAUUCCCAUUCCAAUCAAAGGCCUUCAAGACGAAACCAACACCUUCAAAAAUAAGACAUGUCUGUUGAACAACGAUCGGUUUCGGGGGUUCAUUAUCUUUGGUUCUACAGCAGCUUUCUUUGUCCCACUGGCCAUCAUGAUGGUCAUCUACCUGCUGACCAUCCAGGUUCUGCGGAAAAAGGCCUACCUGCUCAGGUUUAAGACGCACCAGCGCUUCACCUGGUCAACUGUGUCCACCAUCUUCCAAAGAGAGCUGCCGCCAUCAGGAUCCUCACCAGAGCAGGAGGUCAUGCUUGACAGCUCCAGGAAAGAGGUCCAGUCCAACGUCCGCGUCAAUAACAACGACAUCACCGGGAAAGAGAUACCUAUUAGAAGGAUGUCAGCUAUGGGCAAGAAGUCAAUGCAGAACAUCAGCAAUGAGCAGCGAGCGUCCAAAGUAUUGGGUAUUGUCUUCUUCCUCUUUGUAGUCAUGUGGUGCCCAUUCUUUAUCACCAACGUAGCCUCUGUGUUUUGUGAGACCUGCAGUCAGGAAGUUUUAGGCAGGCUAAUGGACAUCUUUGUCUGGGUAGGGUAUGUCGCCUCCGGCAUCAACCCUCUCGUCUACACACUCUUCAAUAAGACAUUCCGGAAGGCUUUUAGCCGAUACAUCACUUGCGACUAUGGUGGGUCUAGGCCACCCAAGGUGAACCGCAAGACGUUAACCAGGAUCUCCUUUCGUUCAUCCAUGGCAGAGAACUCCAAGCUGUUUAUGAAGCACAGCAUGAGGAAUGGUAUUAGUCCAGUGCCCUACCAAAGUCCACUGUGCCUAAGGCCUGCACCAACAUGCAUCCAGUCCUCCACCACUAUCCUGCUCGACACCUUAUUCCUCACUGAGAACGAGGGAGGCAAGCAAGAGGAGCAGGAGACACGGCACUACCAAAUCAGGUGGAGGAGUAAUCCUGAUCUCCUAUUCAAUUCCUGCAUUGCCAUGGAUCUAUAAUCUCCAUCAGCACAGAGGGGAAAUACUUCUUUACUUUUUCUUGUAGUUUGGGUACUGAAUUAAUGGAAAUGAAACACCAGGAUUAUAAGGGACCUAUUUUCACUAAUGGCUGAAAACUCCUUGAGAAACAUGAGAAUAGGAGCUGAAAACAGACUUCCCUCUAGUGUUUUUUCUUUUUUUGAAUUCUUUCAAAAGGAGGUUGCCAAAAUAAAGAUAACUAACAAUAUAACUGUCCCUCUGUCCCAUAGGAUUUUGGUAUACUGAAAUUAUUUAACUUGGUUUAUUUCUGUUUUAACAAGGACAGUAAAGUCUUCAAGAACAAUGAAGCCUGUAUGACGAAGCUCAUUCUGUGUAUUGAAUGUACAGAGUCACAAUCACACAUAAAGCUGUGCUUGUUUUAAAACAUGAUAGAGUCUGUUUUUUUUCUCCCUUCCACGCCAGAAGACAUAAACAGUGCUGAUGAGGUUUACUCCUGAGCCAAGUUAGCAAAGGUUUAUGAUGAUAGCUGUUUAAUAUCUAUAGCGGGAAAAAGAAUAAUCAAUUAGGCACAUUGUCAAGAUUAGCCUUUGGUUUACACAUGCCGUAACUGCCUGUGGAAUGAUGUGGGAAGCACAUCAACAUUUUUGAGUCAAUGAUUUGUACAAACAUUUGAUUAAGACACUUCCUACAAGACGAAGUAAUGACAUUCGACUACAAUCACAGUCUGUGUCCCCUCUCUAAAAGAAGUUCUAGAAGCAACUGUGGCAAUGCAGGAGUUAACUGUAAUUUCUCUGCAACAUUGGGCAUUUAUUAAACUUGUAUACAUUUGUUGAAUGCCAGGCACCACAAUGAAAAAUACAGCAAGUUUUAAAGGGGAUGCUUCAAUUAAUUUGACAGAUUUGCCAGUUAGUGCCGUCUACACAAAUGACAUUAAUAGAUAUCUUCUCUCCCUGGAAAACUCCAAGGUCAAUUGCAGCAUGCUACUUAUUUAGACCAUUACCUUGGUACUAAAUUGGGGUUUGGAUCAACCCGUUAAACCAUUAAAUUUGGUCUAAAUUAAAACGUACCAAACACCUAGACCAAUUAAUUGGUUUAGCAAGACCCAUUUAGUGGUUUAUUUUAGACCCAUUUUAAACCCACUCUAGACUAAUGCUGCAAAGUAACCUUUCCUUGUGAAUUAAUCUACAGCCAGUACAUUGCAUCUUGUAACAUUGAACUUUGUAGUUGAAAUUAAGACUCAUUUUGAGGUUUAAACCCGGUUUAAGUGGUAAACUGUAAUUUACCAAGAGUUUAGAUUUGUGGGCCAUCAAAGCAGCAAGUUAUAAGCUUGCCUGAAAGGUUGGAUACCGACAGUCUAGUAUAGCGCCUUGCUAAACUCCCACCCCAACCAAGAGUUAAGCACAUAGCGAGUGGUAGAUACCCAGAAAUUAAACCCAGGAAAGUUUCGAAAUUCUUGGAGCUAAGGAUUUAUUCUAAACACAGGGAUGAUUUACAACAGGUUUAUCUUACAACUAAAUAUUGCACAGCCUUUUUUGGAUGAAAAAAUAAAAGGCCCUCAGUUCCUCUGCUUAGCCCGCAGCACUGUUUAAUAUUGCUGUGCAUGUGACGGGUACAUUUAUAUGUAAAGAUGAAGUACUGUUCUUUAUAAACAGAUAAAGGAGGAAAGUACAAGGACUCGAAGGCUAACCAGAAGCACACUGUGUUUCUGCAUUGCACCACCUUCUCAUGCUCACAGUGAACUGCACGAGGCUGGCUCUGUAGAUAAUGCUUGCGAGUUCACUGGACUUUCAUUUCCAUGAGUCUUUUCAGGAGGCUGAUUUGUAUUUCCUUGUGUGGUCCCUCCACAGCUACAGGACUAGACAUACAAUAGAGUGCUGGAUUCCACCUUCUGUUACAGUCUACGCCCACAAGAGGUAUUUUUCAAAGUGAAGUUGCCUGAAGUGACAUGCUCAAGCUAAACCAUCAUGCUGUCAAUGAGCGUGUCUGCCUCCUCCAUCCUGCCGUACAUAACAAGGGCGAUGCCAACUGCCAGCCCGCUGAGAAUCUUCUCGU